GCCACGUGGAGCCGCCCGGGGGAGGGCCGGCUGCGGGCAGCCGGGCGAGGGCGACGCGGUGUCUAGAGAGCGCACGAAGCCGAAGCCGGAGCCCCAGCGCCGCCGCAGCAGCUCCAGUCUCCAGCAGGAUGUUCCGGUGGCUGAUGCAAGCACUGGUGCUGCCCCUGGUGCUUCUCCCUUUGGGUCAAGCUGCUCCCAAGGAUGGAGUUGCAAGGUUGGACCCUGAGGUGCAACAGCAGCUCACACCCAACCCCUUCCAGCCAGGCCCUGAGCAGCUCCGACGCCUGCAGAAUUACCUCAAGGGACUAGAGAAGAUGGAAGAGGAUCCUGAACACAUGAACCGGGAACAAGUCCUGCUCUCCAUCUUUGCUCUUCACGACUAUGACCAGAAUGGACAUCUGGACGGCCUGGAGCUCUUGUCCAUGCUGACAGCAGCUCUGGCCCCUGGAGCUGCACACUUUCCCAUCAACCCGGUGAUCCUGGUAGUAGACGCGGUGCUUGAGACCCAGGACCUGGAUGGAGACGGGCUCAUGACUCCUGCGGAGCUCAUCAACUUCCCAGGAGAAGCCCCCAAGCACGCAGAGGCCCUUCCGUCAGCUCUUCAGGAGCCACAGCCUGCUGGGAGCCAGCCGCUGUUAGCUAAUGGUUCCCUGCAGCCAGAAACCCAGCAGGCCCUGGGGACUAAAGAAGAAAUUAAGGGCCAGGCAGAGGCCAAAGGGGCAUCCUUGGAGCCCGAAGAGGAGGCUGGACAUCAGAUAGAGGCUAAAGUCGAUACCCUAAGCCCUGAAGGGGAGGCUAGGGGACAGGCAGAGUCUGAAGGAGAUGUCCCAGGUCCCGGAGAGGAUGCUGAGGGACAGGUGGAACGCAAGGACAACGAAAAAGCCGUAGACCUGCCCGUGGAAACACUGGAGACCUUGAGCACCCCGAAUGAGGCUGAGGCUCACAGCAUCCAACUGGAGAACGACGAGAUAUGAGCCAGACAGCAUAGGCUCAGGUCCCUCCACGCCUCGGUGCAGAGCAGAAGCAUCAAGUGUGAAUACGGUGGGAUUAGAGCCACCUCUGAUGUGGGGACGGUGGCGCAAGCUAGUAAUCCCAGGAGCGUUCGGAGCUCCGGGCUAGCCUAGGCUACAUAGCAAGUUUGAAGCCAGGCUAGGCUACUUCGUAAGACCCUGUCUUGAUGAUGGGGGAAAGAAAAGCACUCCCACGUCUCCUUUCUGGCUUCAGUAGGAAGCAGGACCUUCUGUGCAGUUCACGGAGACCAUAAGCUGAGAGGCAGCUUUCAGGCCCUAAACAACCAAUAAA